AUUCAUUAUUUUCACUCCCUUUUUUUUACACAGCUGGGUUGUUCCAUUGAGGGGUUGGGAGCAUAUUUGCUAUACAAAGAAUUAAGAGUCUUAGGUUUGGCUAAAAUAUUGGUGAUGAAGUUGGAGGAUGUAUAUACAACUGUUGUUUGCUACACCUUGGUACCAAAAUCUAUACUCAAAUUUUGACCAGGUUGUCCUUUGUUGGAACUACACUUGAGUUUAAUAAGUUUGAAUAUUGACUUCACUCCCCAAAACUCCAAAACACACCAGAGCCUGAAAUCUCAAAAUGCCGCUGGGGAAAUACUACUGCGAUUAUUGUGAUAAAGAGUUUCAGGACACGCUUGCGGCUCGGCGGCGCCACCUUCAGGGCCUCCAUCAUCAGAGAGCCAAAGCUCUUUGGUACAAGUCCUUGUGCAAUCCUCUGGUACAUAGCCACCCGAAAUCUUUUAGCAAUGGAGUCUGCCACCGCUUCUUUCAAACGGGUUCAUGCCCGGACAGGGAGUCAUGUAGAUUUUAUCAUCCAAAGCAAAACACACAAAGUAGGAACCCUGAUGGAAUUAUAGGUGAUAUGUAUAGAGUCACGUCUUUGGGUAAUCUACCGCCCUCUCUUAUGCCACCUCCCGAGGGUGGAUAUCCACCACUUCCAUUUCUUGACUGGGGAUAGUCACUGCUUAAAGGUGCAUAUAUGGCUGCCAACCACACCGAACAAACCCGGUUUAUCCUACUUAAGCGUAGGGUCGUAAGAUGCACUCACCCCUACUUCAUGGAGUAGUAUUUUUGGCGCAUAUAUUGGUGGUGUGUGGCAAAACUCCCUUGCCAUGAAAUUAAUGUUCAUGUUUCGGUGUAUAAUGUUUGACUGAACUUAUACUCCCUCCGUCCUAAAACUUUCUUCCCGUUGCGCAAAACGAAGAAAAAUCUCAAGUUUUU